UACACUUCACACGCACAUCAGGACACAAUCUGUGCUGUAGGACCCGUGAACAUCUUCGACAAGCUGUCAAUGCGCCGCUCGGGGCCAUGUCGCUCAUAAUCCACAUUUUAACCACUUUGGCCCUGUGGGGUCCUGUCAGGGCACAGGUGCCAGAGUUCGCGGAUAUUUGCACUGAAGGCAGCUGCUACCCAGCCACAGGUGACCUGCUGAUCGGCCGGGCGCACAGACUCACCGCCACCUCCACCUGCGGCCUGAAUCAGACCGAGCGCUUCUGCAUCGUGGGACAUCUGGAGGAGCACACAAAAUGUUUUGUAUGCGACUCCAGGGAGAUGUACGACGAGGACAGCAACACCAUCAGCCACACCAUCGAGAACGUGGUCACCACCUUCGCCCACAAUCGCCUCAAGACCUGGUGGCAGUCGGAGAACGGUGUGGAGAACGUGACCAUCCAGCUGGACCUGGAGGCUGAGUUUCAUUUCACACACCUUAUCAUGACCUUCAAGACGUUUCGUCCUGCUGCCAUGAUGAUCGAGCGCUCCAUGGACUACGGGAAGUCGUGGCAGGUUUAUCGUUACUUUGCCUACGACUGCAGCUCGUCCUUCCCUGGCAUUACCUCAGGACCCAUGAAACGAGUGGAUGACAUCAUCUGUGACUCCCGAUACUCUGAUGUCGAACCAUCCAGCGAGGGAGAGGUGAUUUUUCGGGUGCUGGACCCCGCAUUUGAGAUUGACAACCCUUACAGCACGAGGAUACAGAACAUGCUGAAGAUCACAAACCUCAGGGUGAAGUUCAUCAAGCUCCACACUCUGGGCGAUAACCUGCUCGACUCCCGCAAAGAGGUGAAGGAGAAGUACUACUACGCCCUGUAUGACAUGGUUGUCCGUGGAAACUGCUUCUGCUAUGGCCACGCCUCCGAGUGCGCCCCGAUCGAUGGAGCGCCGACAGGAGCAGAGGGCAUGGUCCAUGGCCGGUGCGUGUGCAAUCACAACACUAAGGGACUGAACUGCGAGCACUGCCAAGACUUUUAUCACGAUUUGCCUUGGAGGCCUGCAGAGGGACGAAACACCCACGCCUGCAAGAAGUGUGAGUGUAACCAGCACUCUACAUCGUGUCACUUCGAUCCAGCCGUGUACGUGGCAUCCGGCAAUGUGACUGGAGGCGUGUGCGACGACUGUCAGCACAACACAAUGGGCCGACAGUGCGAGCAGUGUGUGCCUUUCUUCUACCAGCACCCCAACAGGGACCUGAGGGACCCAAACAUCUGCGAACCUUGUAACUGUGAUCCGGCAGGGUCUCUGGAGGGUGGACUGUGUGACUCGCGGACAGAUGUGGCUGCCGGGCUGAUCUCAGGUCAGUGUCGAUGCAAAGCCAACGUGGAGGGAGAGCGCUGCGACCAUUGCAGACAAGGAAACUAUGGACUGGGACAAGGGCCCCAUGGCUGCCUGCCUUGUACCUGUAAUUCGUUGGGCACACUGCCGAGAGGAAACUGUGAUUCAGACACAGGACGCUGCUUCUGCAAACGCUUCGUUGAAGGACACAACUGUGAUCAGUGUCAGCCGCAGCACUGGGGUCUGUCCGAUGACAUGGAUGGCUGCAGACCAUGUGACUGUGACCAGGGAGGGGCUGUCAACAAUGACUGCGAUCCUCAUUCGGGACAGUGUGUGUGCAGGGAGCACAUGUUUGGACGUCGCUGCGAUCAGGUCGAGUCCGGCUUCUACUUCACCUCUCUGGAUCACUACACAUACGAGGCUGAGGACGCCAAGCACGGACCUGGUGUGACGCUGGUACAUAGGCCCUAUCCUGAAGGUCGAAGUCCUACAUGGACUGGUAUGGGCUUCGUUAAUGUGCCAGAAGGAUCCUAUCUAGAGUUCAGCAUUGACAACAUCCCAGAGUCCAUGGACUAUGACAUCCUUGUACGCUACGAGCCACAGUUACCACAGCAGUGGGAGGAGGUGAACAUCCAAGUGCAGCGUCCGGUCUCGAUCCCUGCAGACUACUCCGGUCACUGCAGCAACGCCAUCCAGAGCGGAGACGAGCAGUCCAUCUCUCUUCCACCUGGAUCCAGGCAUGUGUUGCUGGUGAGACCAGUGUGUUUUGAGAAAGGACUGAACUACACGAUCCGACUCAGUCUUCCUCGCUACUCAUCAGUCAGCACCAUCCAGAGCCCGUACACACUCAUCGAUUCGCUGGUGCUGAUGCCCCGGGUCAGAGAGCUGGAAAUGUUCCACGGGGUCGACGGUGAGGGAGCGUGGGACACGUUCCAGCGCUACCGAUGUCUGGAGAACAGCCAGAGCAUCAUAAAAAGCCCAAUGACCGAUAUCUGUCAACAAUACAUCUUCAGUGUCUCUGCUCUUCUGCACAAAGGAGCCAUGGCAUGCCAGUGUGACCCUCAGGGUUCACUCAGCUCUGUGUGUGAGCCCAGCGGAGGUCAGUGCCGAUGCCGACCCAACGUUGUCGGGAGGAACUGUGACCACUGUGCCCCAGCUACCUUCCUGUUCAGCCCCUCCGGCUGCAAACCUUGUAACUGUGACCCUCUGGGCUCUGUCAGCGCCUUCUGCCAUGAGGCGACCGGCUACUGUGAGUGUGUCUCAGGGGCUACAGGUCGCCAGUGUUCACACUGCCUGCCAGGUUUCUGGGGCUUCCCUCAAUGCAGACCGUGCCGAUGUAAUGGCCACAGUGAGUAUUGCCACCCUCAGACUGGAGAGUGUCAGGGCUGCAGAGACUUCACCACUGGAAACCACUGCGAGAGGUGUUUGGAAGGCUAUCACGGUGACCCACAGUUGGGUUCAAGUAGCCACUGUCGCCCUUGUAUGUGUCCAGAUGGGCCACGCAGUGGACGCCAGUUUGCAGACAGCUGUUACCUUCUGGCUAAUACCAACCAGCUGGUGUGUGUGUGCAGCCCCGGAUACAAAGGUGUCAGGUGUGAUGAGUGCGCUCCGGGUUACUUUGGGAACCCUCUGAUACCCGGAGGGCGCUGCACGCCCUGCCAGUGUAACAGCAACAUCGACAUGCAUGACCCGGAGUCCUGCGAUGUUCACACGGGUACCUGUCUCAGAUGCCUGUACCACACUCAGGGCGACGGGUGCCAGCACUGCAAACUGGGUUACUACGGCAACGCUGCCACACAGAGCUGCAGGAAGUGCACGUGUUACUCGGUGGGGACGAUACCUGGGGCCUGUUCGUCCCCUGAUGAGUGUCAGUGUAACCAGCGCAGCGGCCAGUGUCCCUGCUGGCCCAAUGUGGUUGGUCAGAAUUGCGACCGCUGCGCUCCCGAUACGUGGAACAUUGCCAGCGGGACAGGCUGCCAGCACUGCGACUGCGAUCCCAUCCACUCUUACGGAUCCUCCUGCCACGAGGUUACAGGACAAUGCAUGUGCAAAUCCGGCUUUAGUGGCCGGACAUGCCGGGAGUGCAAAGAGCUCUUCUGGGGGAAUCCAGCGAUCAAAUGUCAUGCUUGUGACUGCGACCCCCGGGGCAUCUCCAGUGAGCAGUGUCACCGUGUCACUGGGCAUUGUACCUGUGUGGAGGGUGUGACGGGUUUACGGUGCGACCAGUGUGCCAGGGGUUACCAGGGUGAGUUCCCUCACUGCGAACCCUGCCAUGAGUGCUUUGCUCUCUGGGACGCCGUGGUCGGGGAGCUGAACAAUCAAACUCAACGUCUGUUGGGCCACGUGACCGAGCUCCAGACCGUCGGGCUGACAGCGCCGUACAAAGAGUUGAUUAGCAGCCUGGAGAGAAACGCCAAGGCUGUCAGAGACAUAGUAGAAAACAACCCUGCAGCAGUGAAGCUGGAGCAGAUACAGGAGCUGAUGCUUCAGAUAACCGGCGUGAUGUCCUAUUUCAUUGGAAAGCUGAACACAACCGAGGAGACUUUGGACCUUCUGCAGAUUGACACUAAUGCCACCGAUGCAGACUUGGAUGCAUUGACUGUUGGGGCAGAGCAGCUGGAGAUGAGCAUCCGGGAGCUGAGGCAGCAGGUGGACAACGCCAAAAACACCAACAUACACGGUGCCCUGGAGACCAUUACGGCUGCACACAUGGAGUCUAAGAAGGCAGAGAUGCGCGCCAAUGCCUCCACAAGUGAUAAUGGCAACACGGUGGAGCAGUCAGCUGCAGUACGGCAAGCCACGGAGGGCAAACUGAGCAGCAGGCAGAAGGAUUUUGACCGAAAACAUCAAAGAAAUGAGCAGAAGCUGGACAAGCUGUCCAAAGAGCUCGAUAAAUUUAGCCUGUCUUCAAUAAGUGAGAAGAUAUGUGGUGGAGCUGCUGAAGGGGAUGGCUGCUCCUCCUGCGGUGGAUUGGGUUGCGUCAAAGAGGAUGGAGUGCUUCACUGUGGAGGAGAAGGGUGUGAAGGCAUUCGCACAACAGCUCAAACUUCUCUCAAUUCAGCGAGUAGCCUGGAACAGGAGAUCCUGGCAGCUAUGCAGGAGGUGGACAAGCUCUCCAGGAUGGUGUGGGAAGCGAACGUCCGCGCGAAUGAGGCCAAAGCAAACGCUAUGGAGGUGCUGACCAAAUCCAACCGCAGCAAAGAGAGAGUGGAGCAGAGCAACGAGCAGCUCCGCAACCUCAUCAAAGAGAUACGAGAUCUUCUCACGAAUGAAAAGGCAGAUGUGUCCAUUAUUGAGGCCGUGGCAAACGAGGUGCUCGCUCUGGAGAUGCCGACUUCAGCUGAGAAGCUGCAGGAGCUGACGAAUGAGAUCAGGGAGAAGGUCGGCACCCUGACCAGCGUGGAGACGAUCCUCAGUCAGAGUGCGGAGGACAUCAAGGCCGCUGAGUCGCUGCUGAAGGAGGCCAAGGCUGCAAGCGAGGCGGCAUCUAACAUGAAGGAGACCGCAGAAGUGGUGAAGGCGGCCCUGGAUGAGACCGACCGCGCUCACAGCGUCGCGAUGGAGGCCAUCGAGCUGGCCCAGAACAACACCAGAGGCACCUCAGCGCUGCUGAACUCUGUGGAGUCUGAGACGGCCAAGUCGGAGCUGAAGGUCAGCAACACCACGAGCCGCCUGGUGCAGCUGGAGAGGGAGGUCGGCCUGUUGCGGCAGAACGACCUGGAGAUGAAGCAGCUGGCGGACUCGACCGACCGGAUCACCGAGCAGGCCAAACAGAAUGCGGACGAGGCGCAGCAGGAGUUUGAGGAGAAGGUGAAAGAUAGAUUUGCAGAGGUGCAGGACCAGGUGGAGGAUAAAGGACAGUCGGUGCUGCAGGCGAGGAGGAGAGCAGACGAACUGCAGCAGGAGGCCAGAGAGCUGCUCGCCCAGAGCAGCAACAAGCUGGAGAGACUCAAAGAGUUAGAGAACUCCUACAUGGCCAACCAGCACAUCCUGGAGGCCAAAGCUGAAGAGCUGAACGAGCUGGAGCGAAUCGCCCGCAGACUCCUGGAGGAUAUCGGCCAAAAAGUGACGCUGUACAGCACCUGUUUGUGAUGAAAUGUUCAGUGCCUGGGAAUAUAUUCAGUGUCUGAACAUACUGCUCCCACAUGACUGCUCCUUUUAUAGCCGUUAAAUAAAAACACUAAUAUAUUUGAUGUUGCCGGUGCCAAAAAGUGUUUUAGCAACAGAAACGAGCUUUAAAGCUGCCAAAGACCAUCAGAGUAUUUGAGUAAGGAGUCCAAAGGAAAUCACUAAGAAGCCAGUGUGACCUCAAAACCAGCGUACCUGCAUAAGUUAAUCUGUGUUUAACUGUAACUAAACGUAUGUAAUAAAAAAAAUAGAGUUUCAUAUGUACUUAAUAACCCCAAAAAUAUCCCUUGGAAAUGGUGACGUGAUCACCAACUAAAAAUAAACUUGAAUAUUAAAACAAAAAAUCUCCCUUUUUUUUUA